AUGGGAUGCAUCAAAUCCAAGGAUGCCUUUCCAGGUUCAAAUGCUAUCCAGGAUGAAAGGAUCAGGGAAGGUAAUGAAAGGUGCACUGGGGAGAAAUCCUCACUGAUAGUAGUGGACGAGAAAGGUCCGUCAAGCACUAUAGUGCUGGACUACGCACACCGUCUCUCCCAUGAGAUUCUGGAUCAGGCGGUGAAGCAGUGGGCAGUGACCGAAAGUAAAUACAGCGACAUCCCCUACAUCGAAAGCGAUGUGCCCUGA